AUGAAGUUUCAAGAUAUAACUUCGGUGCUAGCCUUCGCUGGUAGUGCUCUGGCACAUGGUGGAAUUUUGAGCUACACAAUUGAUGGAAAAGACUACAUCUCAAACCCCUACCAUCUCAGCGACAUGACCACCAACGGCGCUGGCGAUGCAGACAUUCCAGAUCUUACCACCCCAAGUAUCCAGCGUCCUUACUACUGGUACCCAGUCGAAGACGUCGAGUCCUCAAACAUGACCUGCAACUACAACGCCAUCUCCAACGCCCCCGACUUCCACGCCACCGUCCCAGCGGGCGGUAACAUCACCGCACACUGGACCAGUCCCGAGGGCGGAAUAUUCCCCUACGUCGGCCUCAGCUGGCGCCACAGCCAUGGUCCUAUGCUCGCAUACCUCGCACGCUGUCCUGGGGACUCUUGCGCAAACUACAAGCCCGAAGGCGCGAUCUGGUUCAAGAUCGCGGAAGCCGGGAUGCGUCCAGGAGAGAAGGACAUGACUCUAAACAGUGCUUGGUGGCAAUCAGAGAUCAACGGGUAUGCGGGAUACGAUGGGGAAGGCUAUCACUACCCUGCGUAUCCAGAGGGAUGGUCUUUUAAUUUGCCGAAGAGAUUGAAGAAGGGAGCGUAUCUUAUUAGACAUGAGAUCAUUAUGACGGCGGCGAAUCCGGCGCAGUUUUAUCCGAAUUGUGCACAGCUUAUGGUUACGGGUGAGGGGGAUAAGUUGCCAGCGGCUGAGGUGUUGGUUGCGUUUCCGGGGGCUUAUAAGGCGUCUGAUCCUGGAAUCGUGAUUGCUGACUGGGCGAUGGGAUGGCAACCUGCUGAACCGAGAUACAACACUAGUGACUACAAAAUGCCAGGCCCAAAGCUUUGGACUGGAGGAAACUAG